GUCAGCCGCGCGAGCCCGCCGCCGCUCCACACCGCCCGCACCGAGCCCGCGCGCCAUGGAGCACUUCAUAGAGACCGUGCGCAAGUACCCGUGCCUGUGGAACACCACCGCCAUCGAGUACCGCGACCAGGAGCUCAAGGACGCCGCCUGGGCCGAGGUCAUGAAGGAGACGGACCUCUCGUCUGUGAAAGAAGUAAAACUGAAAUGGAAGAAACUACGCGACAGUUACCGCGAUGCGCUCAAGAGACAGAGCGAGAUGCUGGCCAAGGAUCCCAGUAAUCCGACGAAGAAGAACUACCCCUGGAAGUAUAUGGGGCUGAUGCAGUUCCUGCAGCCGUACAUGAGCAAUCGCAAGAAGCCCGCGGAGUCGUCGGGGUUCCAGGCGCCGCCCGCGCCCGACAACGGCCACGCGCAGAACGGCGUGGACGGGCACUCCAGCGACGAGUCGGAGUCCGAGGCGGAGUCCUCGCCCAAGAGGAAGAACUGCGAGCAGCUCACGGUCAUCGACCGAAAGCUCGACUACCUGUGCAAGGCGCAGAGCAAGCGACAGUUCACGGAGGCGCAGUACCAGGAGAGGAAGCGGGAGGCGCCGGCGGUGACCGUGGACCCGCUCGACAUCUUCUUCAACAGCAUGUGCCAGUCGACGAAGAGGUUUCCGUUCCCGACGCAGAUCAAGAUAAAGAAGACGCUGUUCAACGCGGUGAUAGAGGCGGAGGAGGCGCUGGUGGCGGAGCAGCAGAGCUACGCGAGCCUGUGGGCGCAGGGCGCGGGCAGCUCCUCCAGCAGCGAGGCCGGGGAGCCCGCCGACGACGACCGCCCCCGCCCGUCCUGAGCCCGCCGCCGCGCCGCCGCCCUCCACCCGUGGCUGCGCCAGCUGUACGCCACCUACGCGCACUACGCCGCCCUCGCGGCCGCCUCCCCCGCGCCGCACUGACCGACCACAAUUACACUGAUGCGGUCGCUACGUCUCUGUCC